GGCAAACCCCCACUCAUUUACUUCCCUGCUUUUCAAGCACUGGAGCUGAAAACACUGGAACGAGUCAAUCAGCAAACAAGGGUAGCAGCAGACUGGGAGCUUCGCUAAUGAAAAGAGAAAACUGCACACAGACUCUGCUAAUCACUUAAGUAAAAUCGUCAAAAUGAUGGAAGAGAAAGGACAGCAAAAAAAGAACACAACCUUAUUUUUAUCUUUUUUAAAUGUGGCAAGAAUUAUUAUUCUCCUCCAUUCAAGAGCUGGAGAAAAUACCUGGGUAAGAAAUACAGUUUUCCCAAAAUAGAAAUUCUUCUUCUUGGUAUUAGAAGAAACAAGUGCUAAACAAAAGCGUGCAGAGAGACAAGUUUCAGAAAAAUUAUAAAAAAAAAAACCAAAUCAACAACUUGUUUUCCAGAAAGUAGUGAAACAUCUUAUCCUAAAAUCCACCAAGUGAUGAAAAAGAUUACAAAGGAUCUUCCUGGAUGCAAAGUGAACUCUGCUAAAAUGCAAAAGAAAGAGCUACUGAAUUUUCUGCUAUAAUCUUCUGAAACCUGAACUUCACUAUAAAGGGGAGACCAGACCACUGAACCCUGCCAAGCAGAGAUGGACACAAGACAAGACUUUCAUUUUUAAGACUUAAUUGCACCCAGCAAGGUACAUGAUAAAAAAGUUGGAAACUUUUUUAUCGGAGAUGGUUACAGUAUCUCAAAAUAGCAGAUGACCAGUUUACCAUACUGACCAUGCUGGCCUUUCUUCAGGACCAUCCUGGACCAGAGAGGAACAGUGAACUCCUACACCGUACGCAAUUCCUGCACAAAAUACAGCUCCUGAAUACGUUCUGCUGGGCACAAAAAUGUCCUAUCCUUUACAUUUCUUGAACGGGUCUGGACUUGGCAAUGGAUCUUUGUUGCCUCUCUCAGUAACGGAAGAACCCAAGCAGGACUACACAAGUGACGAACAAGGAAACAAAGUGCAUUGGGCGGCUUUACUGAUCCUCCUGGUGAUAAUCCCCACGAUCGGGGGGAACAUACUCGUCAUACUGGCAGUGUCUCUGGAGAAAAAGUUACAAUAUGCUACUAACUACUUUUUGACAUCCUUGGCAGUGGCGGAUUUGCUCGUGGGUCUGUUUGUGAUGCCGAUUGCCCUUCUCAUAAUCUUAUUUGACAAUACCUGGCCUUUUCCAACUGCCUUGUGUCCUAUCUGGCUGUUCCUUGAUGUCCUCUUUUCCACAGCUUCCAUCAUGCACCUCUGUGCCAUCUCACUGGACCGCUAUAUUGCGAUUAAAAAGCCAAUCCAGGCUAGUCAGUACAAUUCAUGGGCUACAACAAUCAUCAAAAUCAUCGUGGUUUGGCUCAUUUCAAUAGGCAUUGCUAUUCCGAUCCCUAUCAGAGGCAUUGAAGAUGGAAAUGGCAACUCUACAAACAUCACGUGUGCCCUGACGCCUGAUCGUUUUCAUGAUUUCAUUCUGUACGGAUCAGUGGCUGCAUUCUUCAUUCCCCUCACUAUCAUGAUAGUCACUUAUUUUCUGACAAUCCAAGUGCUACGCAAGAAGGCCUACUUCAUCAACAAGCCACCUCACCGUUUCACUUGGUCAACGGUGUCCACAGUACUUCAGCGUAACACAACACCUGCCUCCUCACCAGAAAAGGUGGCCAUGCUAAAUGGCUCCAGAAAGGACAAGACUUUGUCCAAUGACAUGCCUAUCUGCAGAACAUCCACAAUCGGGAGGAAGUCCAUGCAAACAAUAACCAAUGAACAAAGGGCGUCAAAAGUUCUAGGGAUUGUAUUUUUUCUUUUCCUGUUGAUGUGGUGCCCAUUCUUCAUAACAAACAUAAGUUCAGUUCUGUGCAACUCUUGCAACCAAGAGGUUUUUCAAAAGCUUAUGGAGAUAUUUGUUUGGAUAGGAUAUGUAUCCUCAGGAGUGAACCCUCUUGUCUAUACACUAUUCAACAAAACAUUUAGGGAAGCUUUCAGCAGGUAUAUCACUUGCAACUAUCGGACCACACAGCCUAUCAAGGCCCUUAGAAAACGCUCCAGCAGGAUCUCUUUCAGAAGCUCUGUGACAGAAAAUUCCAAAUUCUUUGUCAUGCAUGGGAUGAGAAACGGGAUUAACCCCAUUAUAUACCAGAGCCCAAUGAGGCUGAGGAGCUCACCCAUCCAAGCGUCAUCGGCCAUUCUGCUGGAUACGUUGCUGCUCACAGAGAAUGAAGUUGAUAAAACAGAAGAACAAGUCAGCUACGUAUAGUGGAAUGGCAGCUAUGUCUAUAUCAUAGUAUUAUUGUAUGUAUUGUUCUAGGUAACUGUGCUGUAAGAGGGUAUAAAUACUAUUGUUUUCUGUUAUUUAUGCAAGCAAUAUCUUACAAAUUUAUAUUAAUUCCUCUCCUCCAAAGCCUCCUCUAUUUUAACCCCAACUCCAUGGUGGCACCCACAGCUUCAUUCCAUGAUAAAUGACUGAUGCAGAACUGUAGCCUUCAGGAAGAGGGAAAUAAAUAUAAGCUAAACCAGUUUGCAUAUCUGA